GAUGUAAUUUAGAGUAUUUUACUAAAGCUCAGUGUCGAAUCUGGAGACGGUGAAAAAAAUUUCAGUGAAAAUGGCUGUGCCUGGUAAACAGUACGGAUUAAUUCUGCCCCGAAAAGGCGGCGCGAAGGAGGCUGCCGUGCCUCGGCCUUCAGUUUUUGGGGAUGAUUCUGAUGAGGAAAUGUCUGUCGGGGAGAGUUUGCAGAAAGAGGCAGCAAAGAAGAAAAUGAUGAAGCAGACCCGCCUGGAGAUGCAGAAGGCGCUGGAGCAAGACAGCAGCGUGUAUGAGUACGACAGCGUCUACGAUGACAUUCAGAAGCAGAGGGAGGAGACUGCCAAGCAUAUGCUGGGCACAACAGAAAGGAAGCCCAAGUACAUUGGCCAGUUGAUGCGGGCUGUCGAGGAGAGAAAGAAAGAACAGGAGCGAAGGGAUGAGAGGAAGAUCCAGAAGGAGCGGGAGGAGGAGGGGGAUCAGUUUAAGGACAAGGAGGCCUUCGUGACGUCAGCUUACAGGCAGAAGCUCCUGGAGCGGCAAGAAGAGGAGGAGAGGGAGAAGCGGGAAGCCGCGUUGGAGGCGGCUCUGGAUGUAAAGAAACAGAAGGACCUGAGUGGCUUCUACAGACACCUGCUGAAUCGGACUGUAGGCGAGGAGAGGAUACCAGACCCAACAGCACCCAGGGAGCAAACGACAGGAGAAGACAGGACCCAAGAUGAGGCUCCAGCCAAACCCCAGGACACAGAGGACAGUCAUGAUGGUCCACAGGAGGGGGCGGGCCAGAGGCCUGACUUCAGCAGGCCUGCUCUCAGUGGCAGCCACUCCAAGCGGCAAUACAGACAGCGCUCUCCCUCCACUUCUAGCACAGAGGAGCGGAGGGAGGAGGAGAAAGGGAGAGGGAAGGAGAGCAGGGAGGAAGAGAGGCGCAAGGAACGGAGGAGUCACAGGGACAAGGAGAGGGACCGGGAUGACAGGGACGACCGGAGGAAGGAUGAGAGGGAGAGGAGGAGAGACAGGGAUGAAGAUAGGAGCAGAGGAAGGAGGGACCGUGAGGAGAGGAGGGAGAGGAGAGAGAGCAGCCCGAGGGACAGAGAGAGGGAAAGAAAUGGACUCAGGGAAAGGGAGAGAGAGAGGGAACGGGAGAGAGAGCGAGCCAGAGAAAGAGAGGAGGAGAGAGAUAGGGGAAGGGAGAGGGAGAGGAGAAGCAGGGGUGGCGAUAAGGAUCGGGACAGGGCAGAGGAGGAAAAGGAGCCGCCCCAGAAGAAUGAGAGCAAAAAGGAGGCUGAAAGGAGGGAAGGUGAGGACGAACUGGAAGGGGACACCAAUCCCUGCCCAAAACCCACCAAGUUUGCCAAGCGCAGCAGUGAGCAGACGGUGACCUCAGCCAGGGAGCGGUUCCUGGCUAGGCAGAUCGCCCGCUCCACCACCAAGGCCUACAUUGAGAAGGAGGAAGACUAAGAUGCAAGGAAGCCAUGCAGAAGGAGCACAGAUGGAGGACAACCUGCUGCAGUCAGCGUGCACAAGCCCCAGUGACUCUUCAUAGGGAUGUUCAUGUUGUGGGAAUGAUACAUGAUUCAAAGCAUUUGUCUGAACUUCAGUGUUGGACACCAAACCCCUGAUGUAAUUUACAAGAUGUGUUUUUAAAGGAUUUAAGAAAACAUUGAUAAUCAGUGUUGUUGAUAGAACAAGAUUAUUAACAAUAAUAAAUAUGUGUUUGAGUUCA